AGCGAUUGGCUCUUAGCUGAUCCCAGGAGAGCGCCCAACGUCCCAGAACCCAGGCUCUCCGAUGCAGGCGGCAGCUGUAGCGUUCCGUCGCGUAGGCGUGGCAAGGCCAUUCCGGCCAGCACAGGCUCGCCUCUUCUCCUACAGCCAGCACAAGGUCGGGGAGCAGGGCACCUUAGACUACCGCAUGCACUUUCAGGACAAGAACGGAAACAAGAUCUCUCCGUGGCACGACAUCCCCCUCAAGAGCGGUGAGCACUUCAACUGCCUGAUCGAGAUUCCCAAGAUGACAAAGCCGAAGAUGGAGGUUGCUGUGAAGGAGGAGAUGAACCCCAUCGCCCAGGAUGUGAAGAAAGGCAAGCUCCGGGACUACCACGGUCCCAUCUUCUGGAACUACGGAAUGCUGCCUCAGACCUGGGAGGAUCCCAACGUGACCCACAAGGAGACCAACUGCGCCGGUGACAAUGACCCCGUUGACGUUGUGGAGAUCGGCUCUGAGGCCUUGCCGCAAGGUGCCGUGGAGCCAGUGAAGGUCCUGGGGGUGCUGGCCAUGAUCGACGACGGCGAGUUGGACUGGAAGGUCAUUGGCAUUCGGGUGGCUGACAAGCUGGCGUCUGAGCUCAAUGACAUUGAUGAUGUGGAGGCAAAGUGCCCGGGCGUCAUCAGUGGCAUCCGAGAGUGGUUCCGAUGGUACAAGACGCCUGAUGGCAAGCCUUUGAACGCCUUCGGCUUCGAGGAGAAAGCCCUGGACAAGAAGUUUGCCCUGGAGGUCAUUGAGGAGACCCAUGACGCGUGGAAGAAGCUGAAAGCCGGCAGCACGGAGAAGGGCAAGCUUUGGAUCGGACAGUGAGCGGCCGAGGGCUUUGUCUCUAACACCUUGCUUGUCUCAAGAUGCCAAGCACAAACAAAUAGAACACGG